UCUCUCUCGAAAGUGAAUAGGAAAACGCCUCUCGGGACUCAGAUUCCUUAGCUCUUCUUCUGCCGCAGGGAUCUUCAAUUGAUGGAAGCAAUUCAACAACAAGUAGCGGAUCGAAUCGUCUCAGCUGACUCUAACGAGGAACUUAACAUAUUGACAUUGGACAACGAAGAAAAACCUGCUGAUGUGGAGAAAUUUAAGGAACAGCUUCUUUCUGCUAAAGACGAGAGGAUGGUGUCUCCUAAUGGUUCGCACAAUGCAACUGCCACAGGUCCUUCAAGGGAUACAACAGGACGGCUGGGAUCGUUGAGUGUAGGUCGAGAUCAUAAUACCGUUUAUGCACCUAAUGCCUAUGCCCCUCAGGCACAAACAGUUUACUAUGGAGGUUACGAGAAUGCUACCAGUGACUGGGAAGAAUAUCCUCACUACAUAAAUGCGGAAGGCAUGGAGAUCGGAUCUCCAGGAAUGUAUGAAAAUCCGUCUCUUCUUUUUCAUACCGGCUAUGGAUACAGUCCUCAAAUGCCAUAUGGACCUUAUUCUCCACUUACACCGCCUCUGCCUUCGGUAAGAGGAGAUGGCCAGCUGUACUGUCCACCGCAAACCCAUUUCGUGGCUCCUUAUUACUACCAGCAACCAGUUCCUCCUAGCAUGCCAUAUGUAACUUAUCCGACUCCCAUGUCACAGGCUGAGCUAUCAAUGCCGGCUGGGAUCGAUCAACAUGGCACUUUUCUUUCUGAUUCUCCCAAUUCUAGUGGAGUUCUGUUUGGACCACGACCUGGUUAUUAUGGGUCUUUUGGUAAGGGAAGUUUUGCUGGAAGUUCUGGUAACCCUGCUGUCUAUGAGUUGUGGCAAGGAUUUGAUGGGUUCGGAUCUGGUGGACCUUGGUCAGAUUGGUCAAAAUCCUCCGAAGGGCAGAGGUCUUUAACUCCGUUGCCAUCACCAGUGGCUUCACCACAACCGAUUGGCACAGUGGGGUCAUUUGGGCACAACGGCGCACCUUUAGCUUCUGGAAUGGCUUCUCUGCAACAGAGACCGUUGCAUGGAUUUGGAUCUGCGACAAGCUACAGCAACAGAGGCUUCUCACAUGAGGGAGUGUAUCAUCAAGGCAUGAAUUUUGGAGGGUCCAUAUCUGGUAUUGGACUCAAUGACCGGAGCUGGAUUGCGAUGGAUAAGGGUGGGCGACGAGGAAGGGGCAGUGGUUCUUUGUGCAGCUGCAAUGGCACGAUGGACAUUCUCAGCGAGCAAAACAAAGGUCCGAGGGCGUCGAGGACAAAAAAUUCAACCUUGGAACACAAUUGGUCUGUUGAUGGUAAAUGGGGUGCAUCUCCUAAGGCCGACAAAGAGUCAUAUAAUCGACCCGAUUUUGUCACAGAGUACAAGGAUGCCAAGUUUUUCAUAAUAAAAUCAUACAGUGAAGAUAAUGUGCACAAGAGUAUUAAGUACAGUGUCUGGGCCAGCACAUCGGGUGGAAACAGGAGGUUAGAUGCUGCUUAUCGUGAGUCCAAGGUGAAAGAAGGCGCUUGUCCUGUCUUCCUUCUGUUCUCGGUAAAUGCCAGUGCGCAGUUCUGUGGGGUGGCUGAGAUGGUGGGACCAGUAGAUUUUGAUAAGAGUGUUGAUUAUUGGCAGCAAGACAAGUGGACCGGCCAGUUCCCAGUCAAAUGGCAUGUUAUAAAGGAUGUCCCCAACAGCCAGUUCCGUCAUAUUACCCUUGAAAAUAAUGAAAACAAGCCCGUCACCAACAGCAGGGACACUCAGGAGGUGGGAUUGGAACAGGGGCUAGAGAUGUUGAACAUCUUCAAGAACUAUGAAGCAGACAUGUCCAUCCUUGAUGACUUCGGUUUCUAUGAGGAUAGGCAGAAAGCCAUGCAGGAGAGGAAGGCCAGGCAGCAAGCCCAGCAAGCCGACCUGAUGCCAAUAACAGCAUCCACAGGCAAUGGGCACCGGAAUCCUGUGCCUGUAUCUGGCGAUUUAAUAAAGCAGAUGUCGAAGAGCUUCACACAGGCGGUUCGAUUGGAAGAUAGUAGUAAAGUCGACCCGGCCAUUGAAAAGGCAGGAUCUACUGCUGCCAGGACUCCUACAGGGGCCAAGGCUGAAGAUCUGGCAAAUACAGGGGCGGACGCACCAUUGCAGGGCAGUUAGGUUGCAUUUGGUGGGAUAUCUCGGGCAGGCAGGUCAGUCCAACCCCACGUCAUCUGCCACAUAUAUGAAUUGGGUCCAAGGACGGAGGGUUACGGUAUGGGUCUGAUUGCUCGAGCCAGCGAAGGUUGCGGUGUUGCCCAAUAUAAACAUCUCUUGCCCAAUAUAUACAUCUCUUUUCAAGCGGCAGCGCCAUGUAUAAUUAUGGUGGUUCCCCUUCCUCUGGUUAUAGUGUUAGAGUUUUCAUUUUCACUCUCUCUCCCUCUUUGUUUUUUCUUUCUUUUUUUUUUUCCCUUGAAGGAAAGCAGUCAUUUGGAGGUCCCAUUGUAAAAUUCAGAAGCAGAUAAUAAGCAAUGCAUUGAGGUUUUUUUU